AUGCUCGAGAAGCCAUUACCUAGCAUGUCACAGAUUCGACCUGUUGCAGACAGUGUCAUCACCAACGAGCUCAUUUCACAGGUCAAGUCGAGAACGUUUCGCCUGCGACAGUUCCUCUUCGGAUCCAUUGAUUCCGAGCUGAUUCGCCUGCAAUCGCCUGAGAAACGGCUCUACGUCUCCAUCAACCAUCUCGCCCCCAGCGACUACCACCGUGUUCACUCGCCUGCCGACUGGACCAUCAAAUUGCAAAUGUACAUCCCCGGCUGCAUUCCCUGCGUCCCGCCUUUUCAGGUGAACCGCCGCACCCUCGAAGAUGGCGCAGUGCUGCAUCAGUACGAGCGGACGUCGUUGGUGGGUCACUGGGACCCUGAAAAGAAAGACGCGAAGCUGUUUUUCUCGGUGACGAUGGUGGCGGCCAUAUUCGUGGGCGGCUUGAAUCUGGCGUGGGAGGAGAACCCUCUUGGCUCUCGGCUGAAACUUGGGCUCUGUUCCGGCUACACGGAUGUCUACGAAAAGCAAGUUCACGUCCCCAUGUGCGCGAGUCAGGAACUCGGCGCGUUCCGCUUCGGAAGCACUGUUGUCACGAUCUUCGAGGCUCCCCCGGACUUCAACCUGACGUCCACUGGACAGUGCUCACACACUUCCGCCGGGCAGCCGCAGGGCUACUUGGGGGGUAACCGAGAGCGGCCGCUGCAGCGGACGUGUGACGCCUAUCGCGGGAACUUCAAAUCCGCAUUCGAGUUCCUGCUGCACAUCAAAGACAAAAGGGAGUACGACGACCAACUGCGAAAAAACACUCUUUUACCCCCGGAGUGGCGGCGAGAAGCGGGCCGCAGCUGGGCCGAAGCCGUCCGCGCAAUGGAACGCGGCCUCCUGUACGGAUUUCCGCUGUCUCACUACCUCCUCCAGCAGUGGGCCCCGCGGCUAACAGGCUACGGAGAUAUUGUCUUGGGGCAGCCUGGAGUGCUUCGGCAACUGAACACCAACGAGGACGAAGCCAUUCGAGAGGGGUUCCGAUGCUUCUCGCGACAACAGUUGCUCCGUGCGGUGGUGCUCUAG